CUUGACCUUUGAGUUUGACCCACUUUUGUUUUAAAGAAAACUUGAACCUUGGACAUAACUUCUCAAUCAUAAUAAAUUUAAAAUAUUUAAAAUUGAUUAUUUUUUUUAGGGUUGACAUGUACCAAUUAUCCUGAAAGAUGCCUCAAGAAUUCCACGUCCUACAGUGCUACAGUUGUUCCACAUUUCAAGUACAUCAAGUGAAAAAGUCCAGUAACAAGUGGAACUGUAAACUUUGUGGAGAGAAGCAAUCCAUCAAGAAAGUUUUUGGCAGAGGGAGUGGUGCUGACUGUAGACAGCAUGUACAGAGACUGAAUACUCUCAGACAGCAGCAGGAAGUAGCAGUGGUAGACAGUGCUUAUCAGGAUGUAGCAGUGGCAGUCAGUGCUUAUCAGGAUGUAGCAGUGGUAGACAGUUCUUAUCAGGGUUUCUCAGGGGAUAAGGGUCCAGACAGUGAAGAGUUGACACAGAGUCAGGACAUUCCUCAACACAACUCUGGCAGUAAGUGGAGUCAGUAUGUGGAGGAAGCUCAUGAAGACUCCACCGCGGAAUACCCACAACCUGAGGAGGAGCUGUAUACCACAGAUGGGAACCAAUUUUAUUGCCCCAAAAAGAGAAAAAGAGACUAUGGAAAAAGUUGUAGCUACAACAACAAAAGACAGAUUUAUCAAAGAGAUGAUGCCGAUUUUUCAAGUAAGAGGACAUGGAAAGGACAAAAAGAGAAUCUGCAAUAUGGUUAUGAUACAGACUACAGUACAUGUAAUACCCAGCCUAAUCAUAACUUUAGCCAACCAAAAUCCUACACAUCUGAUCCAAAUAAUUAUGGACCAAAUGGAACAAAGUCAUCAUUACAGAAUACAGCCAAUUGUAAUGAAGGAAGCUUAUUCUCAAUUGCCAACAGAGACAAUGUGGCAGGAUUUGAAGGGUUUGAGACAUUGAAAACAAUUAAUCAAAACCAAAUUUCUGCUUGUGCUACAAAUUCUGAACCAAAACCUCAGAACACUCCAAAGACUAAAAGCUCUUCUCUGUCCAGUAACAGAGGAAGUAAAGGAUCUAAGUGGGACCAGUUUCUUGCCGAGGGGAGUGAUGAAGAUUCAGAGGAUACUGAAGAAACGUCAGUAGAGAGUUCCCAGGUUGUCCAGUCACUUAUCAAAGAGCCAGCAAGGUUACACAGCAAAGUGCAGGAAACUGGAAGUGUAAUCAUGUCAAGCAACUGUGAAUACUACAAGUCUGUUACUGUGACAGGAAGUGAAAUAGGAAUGUUUUCUGUAGGAGAUCUUGAGGAUUCUGACUUUGAUGUAUGAAUAUAUUGUAUUGACCAUUAAAAAGUUAAAGCAAA